GACCUGCAUGGAAAAUGCCAGACAGCUCCAGACACACACACAUACGCGCUCGCACGCUCACGAGCCCCGGCGCAAAGAUAAGGCGCGCGGCGGAGCGCCCGGAGCGGCGCAAAGCCACCCCCCGAAAGCAAACACGCUGCCCCGCGCUCCGGUCCAACCGGGAGCCUCUCCGAGCUGCAGAAUGAGGUAUCCUCUGGCUUGGUCCUUCUGUGCUUUUCUGCUCUCUGUGGCAGAUGCCAUUGAGCUGACAGAUAUGUUUGGAGAGAUCCAGUCCCCAAACUUCCCGGAUUCCUAUCCCAGUGACUCAGAAAUGACAUGGAAUAUUUCUGUKCCUGAUGGAUUUAAAAUCAAGCUCUACUUCAUGCAUUUUGACUUGGAGUCAUCUUACCUCUGUGAAUACGACUAUGUGAAGAUUGAAGCUGAAGACCAGGAGCUGGCAACUUUCUGCGGCAGGGAGACGACAGACACAGAGCAGGCCCCUGGCCAACAAGUGAUCCUGUCCCCAGGUCCUUACAUGGGGCUCACUUUCAGAUCUGACUUCUCCAACGAGGAACGCUUCACUGGCUUCGAUGCCCAUUACACAGCCGUGGAUGUGGACGAGUGCCUGGAGAAAAGCGAUGAGGAACUGGCGUGCGACCACUACUGCCACAACUACAUCGGGGGGUACUACUGUUCCUGCAGGUUCGGCUACAUCCUCCACUCUGACAACAGGACCUGCAAAGUGGAAUGCAGUGACAACCUCUUCACCCAGAGGAACGGGGUCAUCACCAGCGCAGACUUCCCCGGCCCCUACCCAAAAAGCUCGGAUUGCUUGUACCGCAUCGAGCUGGAGGAAGGCUUCUUCAUCACCCUGAGCUUUGAGGACAGCUUCGAUGUGGAAGACCACCCCGAGGUUACCUGUCCCUAUGAUUUUAUCAAGAUCAAGGCCGGACAUAGGGAGUUCGGCCCUUUCUGUGGAGAGAAAUCCCCGGGAAUCAUUGAAACUCAAACCAACAGUGUGCAGAUUCUCUUCCACAGUGACAAUUCAGGAGAGAACAGAGGCUGGAAGCUGUCGUACACGGCAAUCGGGAACCCAUGCCCACUGGUGCAACCCCCAAUCAAUGGGAAAAUCGAGCCUUCUCAAGCCAAGUACACCUUCAAAGACCAGGUUGUCAUCAGCUGCGAUACCGGAUACAAAGUCCUGAAGGAUAACCUAGAAAGUGACUCCUUCCAGAUUGAGUGUCAAAAGGACGGGACAUGGAGUAACAAGAUCCCAAUCUGCAAAAUUGCCGACUGUAAAGCACCACCGGAGCUGGAGCACGGCUAUGUCACCUUCUCCUCCAGGAACAACCUGACCACCUACGGGGCCAGCAUCCAGUACCACUGCCAGCACCCUUAUUACCACAUGGCACCCAACAGCACGGCCACCUACACGUGUGAUGCAUCAGGAGUGUGGAGGAGCGAGGAGCUGGGCACCAGGCUGCCGUCCUGCCAACCAGUGUGUGGUCGGCCAGCUCGUGCUCUGCCUGGGAUCAUCAAGCGCAUCAUUGGUGGGCGAAACGCAGAGCCUGGCUUCUUCCCCUGGCAGGCCCUCAUUGUAGUGGAGGACAUGUCCCGGGUGCCCAAUGACAAAUGGUUUGGCAGCGGGGCCCUGCUCUCAGACUCCUGGGUGCUAACAGCUGCCCAUGUGCUCCGCUCACAGCGACGUGACAAGACCAUUAUCCCCGUCUCCAAGGAACAUGUCACCGUCUAUCUUGCCCUCCAUGAYGUGAGGAACAAGAUGGAUGCUGUCAACCGGACAGUAGAGAGGAUCAUCCUCCAUGAGGAGUUUGACAUCCAGAAUUACAACCACGAUAUCGCUCUGGUCAAGCUGAAGGAGAAAGUGACCAUGGGGAACUACGUCAUGCCUGUCUGCCUGCCUCAGUUUGAGCACGAGCUGGAGGGGCCUCAUCCCAACACAUUGGGGCUGGUGGCUGGCUGGGGUAUCUCCAACCCCAACAUCACUGUGGAUGAGAUUAUCAGUUCAGGCAUGAGGACACUGUCCGAUAUCCUGCAGUAUGUCAAACUCCCAGUGGUGCUCCACGCAGAGUGCAAGACCAGCUACGAGUCCCGGUCGGGGAACUACAGUGUGACCGAGAACAUGUUCUGYGCUGGAUACUAUGAAGGUGGGAAGGACACUUGCUUGGGAGACAGUGGGGGAGCCUUUGUCAUUCAGGACCCGGGGACCCACAGGUGGGUAGCCCAAGGGCUGGUUUCAUGGGGUGGCCCAGAGGAGUGCGGCAGCAAGCAGGUGUAUGGUGUCUACACCAAAGUCUCCAACUAUGUGGACUGGGUGGAGAAGAAAACAGGCUCUUCUGAGAGGUGGACAUUUCUGGACCCUGAGCUGGAGAGAUGAAUGACGAAGCAGCUUGCUGCUGCUGCUGCUUUGUUGUUUUUUGUUUGUUUUCUAAUAUGCUCCAGAUUGGUCUUUCGCAAGCAGUAGCCACGAUGCUCAGCCACACUCCAGGCCUUGCCAGCCCUCCCCGUCAUGUGUUUCACUUGGUCCUACAUCCCUUUGCUUGUGCUCUUUGGAAAUGUUUGCUAGGGAGCUGGGGAAGGGCAGCAAAGGGCUAGAUUUCAGCCAGUUUCCUUAGCUCAUACUGCUGAGCUCCAAAGCUUACCCACACUCCCGGAGAGACUGCCUCCAAGCCAUGACAAAGGCACAGUGAUGGAGGAGGCCCUAAGCCUUGCCUGUGCACAGAGUAUUUCCCCCACACCCUAAGCUCUCACACUAGUUCUUCUCAUCAGAAAAGGUAACUGCAGGAACAACAAGGGCUGAGGACAAUGUGGAAAACCCAGCAGAGCAGGCCUGGGCCUCACGGGUCCCCUACACUGCGUGACAUCAUUUUCAUGUGAGGAGUAGUGAGACAGCACUGGACGGUUGCCAGUAUUUUAUCUGCAAACAAAUGUCCCUGGGGACAUCAGGAUGUUUCCAUAUUAACCUUCAGCCAUGGCUUCAAGCAGAUAUUAUGUCAUCAUGCUGCCGAGACAGCACCAACCCAGUGGAGAACUCUACCUACCAUGUUCGGGUGGGCACACCACAAAGGGCACAGGGAUGGGAAGCAGAGAUUGACCUCAGUUUCAUCCUCAUAUCCAGCCCCCACCUUCUUGCCUCCCUUCCGUAUUCAUCAUCUCCAUUACCUCAAGUGCUCUCCAGUCCUCCCUUCAGACCAGAUCUGAGGGUGGUUUCCAGCCACAGUAGACCUCCUAAGGAAAGAUUUCCAAUACACAAGACAGCAGCACAUCUGGCACGCCUGGAAAAAUGUACAUAACAAACAUUUAUUCACAGCAGAAGCAUUUCAGAGCAAAUGGACUUAUUGCCACUGAGAGUUACAGGAAUGAAGCCAAUCCAUCUGUAGCCAUUCCUUGAUAUUUAACCUCUUCUAGGGGUUCUGGGCAGUCUUGCAUGGCAAUUCAUCCACUGUCUCAGGAAUCAAGUUCCUUCUGGUUGCUUUUAAAACCCUUGACCUGGCGAGUUUACAGGUUACUCAUGAUGUCCAGAGUUCAGCUGUGGCUCUUUUGGUGGAUUAUGGGUGUUUGAAUCGCUCCAGGGCCAGACUCAGCCCACUUUGCCAAGGUAGUGUAACAAUUCAUAUCUCCCCCAUCUUCCUUUAUAAAAGCAGUAAACCUUGCCAAGGAACAAAGUCAGGUGAACACAGUUUCCUUCAGCAGGGACAUCUCCACUUGCCAGUAAAUGCCUUCUAUAGCUGUCAGCAACAUAAAAGAAUGUGUCUGCUCUCCUUCCUACAUCCAUUUAGUCUCCUUUGGACCUGUCCUCCUCUUCCUUCAGCUUUGUCAUGCACAAAAGUGAAUGAGUUACUGUGCUAUUUAGCCUGACAUUCAAAAAGUCAUUUGUAGAGAAUGAAGAGAAGCAGGAGGAUGAAGGAACAGGUCUAACUUAAAGACAUGCUAAGAACUGUACUCAUGGCUAUGCUGUGUAACUCCAAGGUUUUUUAUUUGUUUUGU